CGCAAUUUGUUUCCCUUCUCCCAAAGGUCAGGUCCCACUCUCGUCCUCUCUCUAUCAAAUCGUUUUUCCCAUUCUCUCUCUCUGUCUCUCGCUCGCUCUGACAGCAAUUAGGGUUAAAAAUACGAACUGAAUUUCAAUUCCUAGCGAAUCUUCUAGGUUUUGUUUUUGCUUCUCGAGAGAUGGAGUUUUCUUGGUGAUCUCUCAGACUAAGACUCGAGGAGGGACGGCAAGGCAUUGUUAGAAGGUAGGGGUGUGGAGAUCCGGUGUUUCGUGGGUGGAAAUGAGCGCGUCCAGGUUCAUCAAGUGCGUCACCGUCGGUGACGGGGCUGUCGGCAAAACCUGCAUGCUGAUAUCCUACACCAGCAAUACCUUCCCUACGGAUUAUGUGCCUACGGUUUUCGACAAUUUCAGUGCUAACGUGGUUGUGGAUGGAAGCACUGUCAACCUAGGGUUAUGGGAUACUGCUGGUCAGGAGGAUUACAAUAGAUUAAGACCCUUGAGCUAUCGAGGUGCAGAUGUCUUUAUACUCGCUUUCUCUCUCAUAAGCAAGGCCAGCUAUGAAAAUGUUGCAAAAAAGUGGAUUCCUGAAUUGAGGCACUAUGCACCUGGUGUUCCAAUUAUUCUUGUUGGAACAAAGCUCGAUCUUCGGGAUGAUAAGCAGUUCUUUAUAGACCAUCCCGGUGCAGUGCCCAUUACUACUGCUCAGGGAGAAGAACUUAGGAAACUGAUUGGAGCUCCUGCCUAUAUUGAGUGUAGUUCAAAAACACAGCAGAAUGUUAAGGCAGUUUUUGAUGCAGCCAUUAAGGUGGUGCUCCAGCCACCAAAGCAAAAGAAGAAGAAGAGGAAGGCACAAAAGGGCUGUUCCAUAUUGUGAUCUAGGAGAUUCUAUUUGACAUAGGAGACAAUGACCCACCAGCCUCUCUCACUUAUUUCUGCCAGUCUGUCUGUCUGUGUCAUUUCCUAUUCCAUGUCCUCUGUAAGGAAGCAGUAAGCUGUGGUGUAUAGUCUUGACUGACAUGCUAGGGAUCUUUUUGAAAAGCAUGAGAUUAUUUAUUAGUUUCUGCCGUUACCUGUUUUCAUGAUCUGUAACUGAUUGCUAGGAUUCUUGUUGACCCAUGUACACGUGUCUGUUUAAAACCUGUCUCCUGCAUUAACGCGAGGAAGAUCCCUAAUAUGAAAGAACUGUUUCGUGGAUGAACUUUGAUAUAUCA